AUGAGAUCCGAAAAGAAAGAGUUAUGGAAAACGUCUAUGCAUGAUGAAAUGAAAUCGCACCAUGAGAAUAAGACGUGGAUUCUUGUAGAGAAAUUUAAUAUGAAUGGGGCAAACAGUGUUUCUACACCUAUGGAGACUAAUUGGAGCGAAAGUAACAUAGGCAAUUAUGAUUGUAACGCACCAUACAGAGAAGCCGUAGGAAACUUAAUGUUUUUACAAACCGUAAGUAGGCCAGACAUUAGUUUUGCAAUAAAUAUAGCGUCGGGACAUUUAGAGAAUCCAAACAAGUAUCAGUGGAAAUUAGUCAAACGAAUUUUGCGCUACAUAAAAGGGACCGCAGACAUGGGACUCUUAUAUACGAAAGCAGGCAGUCUCGAAACCUUUAGCGAUGCUGACUAUGCAGGUAUCACGACUGGCACACUUUUAAAUCCGAUGGACUGA